ACACCCACAACUUCCCAAAUUGAAAAUCGAAUAGCCACCCUCCUUUUCGACAAACCCCUUCUCUCCGGCGAGGGCAACCUCCACAUAACCACCAAGAAAAUCGAGAAGCUCAAGGGAGAGACUUACGUCAACGUCCGCAAGGGGAAGUUAAUAUCUGGUUACAAGCUGAACCUCGUCCUCUCCUACGAGGAUGUGGCCAAGGAUUCCGAUGGGAACUCAAUGGUUCUCUACAUCGAAGGCUCCGUUGAGAGUGCCGCCCGCCUCCACAAGCCCAAUCGCAUCCACAUCUCGCUGCCGCCACAGCCCAAUUGGUCUCGUCGUUGCCGUAGCCACAGUCCGUUUCCCGUCGUAGCAACGCCGCAGGCCGUUCAUGCCCCCAUCAACGACGAACUGAGCGGAUGCCGCCGGAGAAGCGAAGGUGAUGGUCGUCGACGUCUCCUUCCGCUCGAUCUUCCCUGA